AUGGACACAGCCAAGGAAAAGCUAAACAAUGCUGGACAAAGUGUCAAGAACACCGCCAGAAAUGCCAGAAAUAAGGCUGGAGAGCUCAUGGAUGACCUCAGUGAUAACGAAUACGUUGAUAUGGCCAAGGAAAAGAUGGACGAUGCUCGAAGGGGCGUUAGAGACACCGCCGGAAAGGCCAGAAAUAAGGCUGGAGAGCUCAUGGAUGACCUCAGUGAUAACGAAUACGUCGAUAUGGCCAAGGAAAAGAUGGACGAUGCCCGAAGAGGCGUUAGAGACACCGCCGGAAAGGCCAAGGAUAGGGCCGGUGAGCUCAAAGACCAAGUUACCGAUACCGAUUACAAGGAAAUGGCCGAGGAAAAGCUGGACCAUGUUGGAAGAACAUUCAAGAGCGCCGCUGGAGGAGCUCAGCAAGAGGCUGAGGAACUCAUUAACAAAAUCAUACACAGUGAUACUGUGGAAGAAGUCAGGGAAAAGCUGGGCGACGCUCGAAGCAAGGUCAAGAACACCGCGGAAAAUGUCCGAGAAGGGCAGUUCAAAGAUGAAGUGACUGGCAACACCUAUACUCAAACCGCCAGGGACAAAGUCCACGAUGCAAAACGGGGUAUCAAACGAACUGCAGAAGAAGCCGGCGAUGAGGCCGAGGAUUUCAUGGAUGACCUGAGUGACAACGAGUACGUGAAUGGCAUCAGGGACACCGCUAGAAGCACAAAAGAGAGGGCCGGUGAUUUCUUGCAAGACGUUGUCGACAACGAGAAUGUCGACAUGGUCAGGGAAAGGUUGACCGAUAGCGCUAGGGCCAUCAAGGACUCCGCUGAGCGAGGGCGCGAUGAGGCAGGAGAACUGAGAGAAGAAUACCACGAACGAGGUGGUUUGGGAAUGAUCGGCGAUAAGUUGAGCAACGCCGGCAGAGCCAUCCGAGAUGCCGUCCAAUCAGUCGGCAUGAAGGCUGGAGUUCUCAAGGAUGAAACCAUUGAGACGUUGAGUGAAGAAGGAGAAGCUGUCAAACGACGGUUUGCCUAA